CUACCCCAGCAGAGAGGAGAGAGCGUCUGCGUCUUCACCACAGUAGUAGUCCACCACACAGUCAGCCAAACUUCACAAUCGACAGUACCAAAAUUGCUUCUCUUUUUUUUUUUUUUUGGUUCAACAAAGGCAGAAGCGAUUCCAUAUCUGUAUGCUCAAUUUCUCAUAGCUUUAAUCAGAAUCACUCCCUCUUCUCUUCAUUCAGAGACCUUCCGGCUCCAACUCUUUCAUCGCAGUUACGACGUCUUCAUCAGCAAACCAAACCCUAAAGCAGUAAGCUUUUGUCUUCAUCAUCAGCAAAUAUGGCAGAACCUGCAACGGAAAAGACGAAGAAAAUAUCAUCUUUUUCCCUCACAGCCAAAGCGUCUUCCACAAUAAGCCAAACCCUAAGCGUCCCUCACAAUUUCUCUAAGCACUGAUCUCAAAUUCAGCUCCAACUUCUUUACGAUUUCGAAAUUGUAGCAGCAAUUAAGUUCCUGUCUUCAUCAGCAGCAAACAUGGCAGAACCCGAAACCAAGAAGAAGACAUCAACACCAUCAUCGAUAAUGUCAGACUGGUCUCAGCUCCCUGAAGAGCUACUCUACCUUAUCUCCACCCAUCUAGAAGAGGAGAACUGUUUCGAUGUUGUUCAUGCUCGCUCUGUUUGCACCUCGUGGCGAUCCGCAUUUCCCUUUCCUUCUUCCCUAUUAUGGCCGAGUUACUCUCUUCCCUCAUUUGGCAAGUUCCCUUUAGAAAGCAAAGACUUGUGCACCCUCCAGAAGAUUCCUUUGUUCCUCUUUAGAGUCAAAACUCCUCUUGAUAGUGAUGCUGCUGAGUAUUUUCUGGGAGGGAUAGGCCGAGAUGAGUCAGAGGAGAAUCAUAUGGAGCUUCUUCCAUCUCUCCUUCAGUGCUCAGUGAAAGUCAAGAUUCCAGGAUCUGAUCCUACCUUGUUGAACAUGCUCGACUGCCAGAUCAUCCCUCUGGGACAUCAGUACAGAAUGAUCGGUUGGAAUCUUAGUAGUAUGGCUAUUCUUCCGCUAAACAAGGAGGACAAAAGAGGACAAUUUGUUGUCCUUCUUAACACCUCUAGAUAUUUGCUCGUGUUAACAAGUGUCGAAAUGAGAUGGAAGCGGCUUGAAGGCGUUCCAACUUCUUAUUGCACGGGUUUAAUUACUUUUAAAGGCAGGUUUUAUGCAAACUUUCUAUCGAAACAAAUUGUCGUUAUUGAUCCUUAUUCGCUAGAGGUGACUCUUCUAUUCCCCUCGCCUCAAGAGAUAGCACCCUAUCUGGUUCUAUCUGGCAAUGAUGAACUUUUCCUGGUUGAGGUAAGGUUCCCACCUUUUGGUGUUUCGGAUAUCAGUCGAUUUACAUGUAGAGUGUGUAGGCUAGAUGAGGAGGCUGGUACAUGGGCUGAGGUCAACGAUUUGGGAGACUGUGUAUUCUUUAUUUGCCAACUGGGAAAUGUCUCUAUCUCAGCUAAGGAGCUUCCCUAUGGUUGUGGUUUAACCGGGAACUCGAUUUUGUGCACCCAUAUGCCAAGCAAUGUAACUUUCGCCUUUAAAUAUGGAGUACAUACAGGAAACGCUGAAGACGAUCUCAAUUGUUGGAGAUACUCAAGGGAGAAUCCUGUGGUGAAACUCAACACUUCCUUUCCGGUCAUGACUCUCCGGGUUGAACGCUAGGCCAGAAAAUAUACAUACUCGAUCUGUAGCAGAUGUGCUCUGGCCUCUAACCUGUGGUGUGCCAACUAACCUUAAUGGUAACUUUGAUAAGGCAUUCUUGUUAGUGGAAGAAGUCUACUGUAGUUAGGCAUUCUUGGGAUUUCUUAGUUUGUUUGGAAGAACUAUAAUUCAGUUAUGCUCUUGUUAUCAAAUUUGUUGCAAGCAAAGAAACAAUGUCGUCCUUGUCCACUAUGCCAUACCCUCACAUUAACAGCUUCUAUUCCUGCUUUUGACUCUGUUCAGAGCCUUUUGAUCGUUAUGGUUAGUGACUAUGGGUACUACAUUCUGGUUUUCAAAGUAGAGACCUGCGUUGUUGCGUUGUCUAUGUGUAAAAUUUUGUAGACAUCUUCAUGUUUAACACUUCUGCUUUAGUUUGUGGGAAAAAAUUUCUUA